AGGCCAAAGGCAUUGAACAAUUGGCCAAGGAGGUGGAAACUGGCGCCAGCAGGCUCAUGCUGGAUGCGCAACAGCAUAAGAAGUUGGUGCGAGUGGUGGACAUUGUGGUUCUGAAGCUUCGCCCAAGCGACGGCUCGCGGCUGCUGGUGGAGUUCAAGGAGCAGUUCCCUGAUGGUCGUGAACGCGAGACCCUGCGGCUGCCGGGCACAAAGAAGGAACCUCAUGAGAAUGCGAGGCAGACCUCCGAACGAAUUCUGCGGGAGAUGAUGAACAUGGAUCCCAGCAUGGUAAGCUUCGACUUCACCGCAGUGGAGCGACAGGAGGAGGAAACGGACUCACCCAGCUUCCCAGGAGUGACCACGGUCUACCGCAAGGAGUUGGUGGAGUGCAAAGUGGCCACCACGGAGAAGGUGGGCUUGCCUGCCAUGAGUCAGUGGAAUGCCACUGAUCCCCAGGGCAAUACCAAGUUCUUCACCUGGCUGACCGAUGCCGAAGCUGAAGCCAAAAAGGUGAAGUUGAAGGUGCAGGGAUCGCAUAUUUCCACCUUGGUCCGUGCGCCCAUCGGCUUGGACGAGGAGGCGCUCAAAGAAUACCUGGUCUCCCACUCGAUUGACGUCAAAAAGUUUGGUCAGGAUGGCACCAAGUCUUUGAAAGAAUUUUCUUCCGAGCUCAUCAAGGGUGAAACGCGACUGUUGCAGGUGUCCAGUGGAGAGAUCUUAGUGAUCACGGAGGUGGUGAUGUUAAUUUUGCACAAUCCGGAGAGCAAGGAGACCCUAGUGCAAACUGCCCAGAUGUGGCCCGAUGGCAAGACGAGCCACCAGGCCCGCAUCCCAGGUGCGAAGCGCCGACCUGAUGAAAAUCAGUUCCUUUGCGCUCGACGUAUCUUGAAGAGGCAGCUGGAAAUUGAUGAGAACGCGGUGAGAAUCUCUCAAGAUGUUGGCUACAUCGAAGAAGAUCGUAGCUCCAAGGGUUAUCCAGGCUUGAAGACCGUGUACCGAAAACGCGUCAUCAAGGGAGAGGUGAUCCCGAAUGCUUGAGACUUCGGUUGAGGCAAAGACCUCACAUCGCAAACAGGCUGCGAUGCCGCAACGCGCUUUCUUGAGCGCUUGUUCACGUUCACCCCCGGCCCAGUCGUCUCUUGAAAAGAGAGGAUCAGGCAAAAAAUGCCAAGGCGUUGGCGACCCAACAAAGUCAACAACGAGAGCUCGA